CAGGCUCACAUCUUGCUGGCACAGGCGGGCAGGGGAACCCGCGCUACCGUCUCAAAAGCACAAACACUCCUCGCGUGCCCACUCCUUCAAACCUUCAUCAAACACCCGCUGCGCCAGGCCGCCAGCCGCCAGCGCCCUCCUCCUCCCUCCCGCAGUCCCACGCGCACCGCGCCGCGCGGCUCCCGAGCCGAGAGAGAGGGGGCGAGAUGGCCCGGCACGCCAAGACCGACUCCGACGUGACGAGCCUGGCGGCGUCCACGCCGCCGCGCUCCCCGCGCGGCCGCCCGGCCUACUACGUGCUCAGCCCCGCCGCCUCGCACCCGGACUUCCACCUGGGCGCCUCCGGGCGCGCCGCCGAGAAGAUGUCGCUCGCGGGGUCCACCCCGGCCGAGUCGCCGCUCCACUACCACUUCCACCACCACCGCCACAACCACUCGGGCGGCGGCGCCGCUGGGGGCGGCGGCGGCGGCGGCGUGCACCACUCCCGGGAGUCCUCCACGGGGCGGCUCCUCUUCUCGGACCAGCUCCGCUCCGGCGGCGACGUCGCCGCAGUGGUGAGCGCCCCCUGGCGCCGGCUCGCGCAGUCCAGCGGCGCGGGCAGCGUCGGGGACGACGACGACGAGGACGCGUCCCUGCACGGCGGCCUCGCGUCGUCGCAGUGGCGGUGCUACGCGCUCGGCGCGCUCGCGUUCGUCGCCGUGUUCGCCUUCUUCCUGCUCGUGCUGUGGGGCGCCAGCAGGUCCUACAAGCCUCACGUCGUCGUCAAGAGCGUGGUGUUCGAGUCGUACCACAUCCAGGGCGGGACGGACCGGACGGGCGUGCCGACGAAGAUGAUGUCCGUGAACGCGACGGUGCGGCUGCGCUUCCGGAACCGCGGCACCUUCUUCAGCCUGCACGUCACCGCCACGCCGUUCCUCCUCUUCUACGGCGAGCUCACCGUCGCCUCCGGAGAGAUGGCGGAGUUCUACCAGCCGCGGAAGAGCGGGCGAACGGUGACGGUGUCCGUGGUGGGGAAGCAGGUGCCGCUCUACGGCGCGGGGGUGAGCCUGCACAGCAAGCCCAACAACGGCCGGCUCGGCCCCGCGGUGGUGCCCGUCCGCCUCGGCUUCGUGCUCCGCGCGCGCGCCCACAUCCUCGGCCUCCUCGUCAAGUCCAAGUUCUACCGCCGCGUGCGCUGCGGCAUCGACAUCCGCGAGGCGCGCCUCGGCAGGCCCGUGCGCGGCGUCGCCGCCGGCUGCGAGUACCGCGACGGGAGGUGACGACCGUCGCCGGCGGCGGCCAGGCUCGUGCUGGCCUCGGCCUGGCCUGCUGGGUAUAAGAUAUUGUUUGCGCAGGGUGCCAGGGUCUGAAUUGAAACCUGUGUUGUGUGAUGAACUGGUGGUGACUGAUUGGCGGCUGUAGGCUUGUAAGCGUUGGUAACAGGAAAUCGAACAGUUCUGAUGCAACGGAACAUUGACGGAUUCUGGAGGUAGCUAGGCAAGAAAUGCGA